AUGAGUUGCGUCCAUUUCGUCGUUCAAUCUUUGCCUGGCUCCGAGGAGCAGUUCAACGACAGAUUGAGAGAUCUGUCAGAUAAGAUAAACAAACAAGGUUUACAAGGUCCACCAAUCACUCAGAAUAUAUCAAUUAGCCAGGUUGUCGUCUCGUCCACUCACAUUGCAUUCCUUCUCCAAGAUGGAAGCAUAUGCAGAGUUGGUUAUUCUGUAUCCAGUGAUCGUCUCAAUUUGAAUAAAGUGGAAAACAAACAAUCUAUGAAGGAGAGCAACAGUUUCAAGAAUGAACGUUCAAGUCGAGGAAUUCGGAUAGCUGAAAGUCCCUUGAUUUUGAUUAGGGGUGAAGAUGUUGGCUCAAUGGCUGAACAGAGCGUCGGGUUUGCAUCAUCGACGGGCAAUGUUUCAACACGAAACAACUCAUCGGUGGCUACUACGGCUCGCAUGUCCACCUCAGGCCGUCCCCGUGGAAGAAUUGUCAGAGCAGUUGGUAGAGGAAGAGGUUCAGGGGUUAUUGUGGGGUCAAGACCUCUUUUGCCUGCUUCUGUGGUACCUGAAGAUCUUGUCAAUCAGUGCCAAGUUGUUUUGCAAGGCAAAUCCAGAAGCCUUAUCGUCCGGGAGCUGCAAAAAACUAAUUUAGAUGUCAAUUUGGCGGUCAAUAAUCUGUUGAGUCGAGAUGAUGAAGGUGAUGAUGAUGGAGAUAACUGCGAUUCCUAUAUGUCAGGUACGUUGAAAAAUGAUCUCAUGUCCUUGUUGGAUGCAGGGCUUCAUUCCGACCAUCCGAGUGUAAUCAUUGACUCCGAAUCCAUGUUUAGUGAGGAUAUGUUUGGAUACUCAACCAUGAGAGCCAGAAACUCAUCUAGGAGCAGAUCAGAUCGUGACGACAGAGAUGCAAUAUUUCGACUGAGGGAGAGAACCCGCUGGCUGGAUAGCGUGAGAGAAGAUAACCUCAUAAAGAUGGAUCGAACCGAUGGGUUGAUUUUGCCCUCAGAAAAUAAAAAACUGUUCCUUAAUCCAAUAAACAUUGGAGAUGAACUCGUUUAUUGGCGUGAUAAGGCAGGCAUUUCUUUCACCCAAAUUGAUUCGAUGUACUCUGAUUUGAUUGCUGUCAACAUUCAAGGACAGUUGUGCCAGUGGAGAUGGUCUGAUUGUGAUCCAUACGUUCAUUCAGAGAAUUUAUCGUGUUUGCAUAGCAAGUCUGCAAGUUUGGGAUUGCUGGGUGAGAAAAUAUUGCUGUUGAGUGCGUGCGACGUUCGUGCUUCUGUCUUCACGGAAUCAGGGAAGGUUAUUUGCACAUGGGUCGAUGAGAGUUUGGGUGCUAUAAGCACGAAAUUAGAUCAGCCCGCGUUUGUCUGUAGCGAGUUUCAACUGGAUCGAGUUGUAUCCCUGCAUUCGUGCUGGUUGUACACGUGCGCCAGACUCGAGAGUGGAGCGCUGUAUUGGUGGGGAGUCAUGCCUUACGGCCAGCGGAAAAGAAAUAUUGAGAAGUUGAGGAGUAAGAAUAAGAAGGCCAGCAAGCAGCACUCGACUGUUGAGACGAGGGGCAGUGGAGGAGUUGAUAUUGUCAUCGGUUCACAGGUUUGUUUGUCGAGCAGUCCCAUUUAUAAUAUAGGUGCCCUGGCCUUUACUGUAUCGAACGGGGUGCCAAAAGUGGGUCAUUUGAUGAAAGCAGCAUGGGACAUGGAGGAGAUGUGUAGGUUUAAAAUUAAACCUGCUUCUGCACCUACGCAAUCUCAGAGGUUUCUGCUUUUCUUUCUUAGUUCAACUGUUGACACGGCCGCUCGCAACAGUAGCGAUACUUUCAAACCGGACAUGCCACCUCCUCCGUCACCUGCAUCAUCAACGUGUAGCGAUCACAGUGGACCAUCCAUCGUCAGUCCAAUAUCUCUCAACCGGAAAAGGAAACAGAUAUCGACCUGGACGAAUGAGAUGGACAGGAAAGAUGAAGAGGACUGGCAUCUGAAGGAUGUUGUCUUCAUAGAAGACGUCAAAAUAAUUCCUACAGGCAAAGUUCUCAAAAUUGAUGGCAACUAUGUUCUCGUUCGUUUCCCAUCACUCUCUCAAAGUGCUUCAAAGGAUCAGUCGAUGACUGGCGAUGCACCUGGUUUGCUGGGUAAAGAUGACUCAGUGAAUAUGUUGAUGGAUACGAGGAUUUUGCGGAAAGAUGAACUGAUGAUUGUUAAAGGAACUGGAGCGCCAAAGACGCCUGAUUAUUUCCAGAAAAUUCCGAAGAGAAUAAACAUUGGCGACAACUCUAAACUUCUCUCCAUUACUGUUGAUUCUCAGGGCUUGCAUAUACUGGCCAGCGCGCCGACCAGGAUCAUGUACUUGUAUUACAACAUGAACACCUGCAAGAUGGAGCAGACGUGCACGUUCACCGUCGAUCCCCUCUCUUUCAUGGCGAGUUCAGAAAACGAUCCUACUAUUUACAACUGUGACGAGCCAAACACACCUUUGUUGCUGAGGGAUGGCAACGGAGCACUUUAUCCUAUGCUGAAAAAUUGCCUCAAUGGAAUCAAAGAUCCAUUGUGGUAUGAUAUGUCGCCAUUAAGAAGUCUGCACAUGUCGUCUCAUUUCGUGCAUAACUAUUCAACCAAUCUGAAGACGAAAAUUGCUAUAAUUGCUCUAGUUAACGAGGCACAGAUGUUAAUGCCUGCCAUACUCAAGACAGAUGUGGAGAAAGUGAAAAAUAUUUUGCAGAACAUUGAAAACAAAGAAAAUGCACAAGAUAGGGAGAAGUAUAUUGACAUGUUGUUGUCGGAAAGAUGUGACGGCAACCGCAACAUCAUUCACGCCUGUGUCGCCAUGUGUGCACCUCAGUCUAACAAGGAUAACGAAUCAGGUAUUGAUUUAUGGGGCCGUCCGCCAAGUUCGUUUAUUUGUAGAAUUAAUCGCAAUUUUUUUAUUUUCAUAAUGCUGUCCAUGCAUCACGCACGAGAUGCAUUUGAGAGACAUCAUCUCGCCAGUUCAUCUCGCGGUCUUCGUGCGAUGGUCAACUGUUCCUCCUCGUCGUUAUCAUCGUCCUCUCUAACUCUACCUAGAUCGUCUUCUGCAGCUAUGGAACAAAGGGACGGCGACGAUAUGCUCAUCCCUCAAUUUUCCUGGCAAUCUUCAGAUCAUAAUCACCACCAAGAUCUUCUGGGGAACAGCAGUGUAAUGAACAUGCCUCGUGUGACAUCCUCUUCAACAAAUUUCAAUCUACCGUCCUAUCUCGGUCAAUCCCAUCAACCUGUCAGAAACGAGGAGAAAGAUAGAAAGUUCAAUGCUUUGGUGAUAUUGAAAGUUCUGUGUGAAUCACCACUUCUUCAAGUUCAUCUCCUGGAUCUGCUCAAGGCCAAGAAUUCAGAAGGCUUGACGGCUUUCAUGCAGUGCAUUUGCAAUCGUGCAUACACUGCAGGUUUGUACCUGUUGGAAACCUGCAGAAGAAUUGCAAUGAAGGAGGGGGAGGUGAACAGGGAAGUACUGAUGAGUAUGUUGUUUCCUCCUCAGUCCAACCUCGACAACUCUCCAAUUCACAUUCUCUGCUGCAAUGACAUGUGCAGUUUCACGUGGACUGGUGACGAACAUAUCAACCAGGACAUAUUUGAAUGCCGGACCUGCGGUUUGGUUGGAUCUCUCUGCUGCUGUACAGAGUGCGCACGUGUUUGUCACAAAGGUCACGACUGCAAAUUAAAGAAGACUUCCCCGACGGCUUAUUGUGACUGUUGGGAGAAGUGCAAAUGUCGAUCUCUUAUAGCAGGCAACCAAUCGGCACGCUUGGAGCUACUCAAUCAACUUCUUGUCGACACUGAUCUUGUUAAGUUGCCCAACACAAGAGGUGAGAACAUCUUGAUGUUCCUGCUGCAAACAGUGGGCAGGCAGUUGGUUGAGCAGAGGCAAUACCGUCCAUCUCGUGUCAGGUCAUCAAACCACCAUGCCAGGAAAUCAGCUGCUUCUGAUAUGGAUACCCAGAUGCCCGAGCAUAACUUGGAGCCUCCCAAGUUCAGUAGGAGAGCUUUGGAGCGAUUGCUGGACGACUGGGCGGCUGUGAAGUCUAUGCUGCUUACUGGACACAAAGAAAAAAAAAACAGCUGUUCUUCUGACGUACUGUACGAGGAUCAGAUGUACUUGGAAAGUCAGUCAGGCGUCAACCAAGUUGAUAAAUUUGUUCAUUGUCUCAUUGUAAAGUGCACUGUUGAAGUAAGCUUAAAAUCAUUUUUAAUGUUGGAUUCAUUGUUGGCUACGUUGAUUCGAGAAAUAACGAAUGACAGGAUUGAAGGAAGAAAAGAAGAAGCCAAAUUAGUGGCGUGCAAGUUUAUUCGAUCUGUUGUCAGGAUAUUUGUGGUUCUCUCUUCAGAGAUGGCACCGAUAUCUAAUAAAAAAAGACAGGGCAUGGGAUCAUCACCUCCGACGGCCAAGUGUAAGAGGGUCUUCCAAUCUUUGAUCAACAUUUCUAUUGAAGAACUGUGCGAGGUUGCCGAGGCACUCAUCUCACCUGUCCGCAUGGGAGUCGCUCGACCAACUGCUCCCUUCUCUCUCGUCGCAUCUUCAAAUGAUGCUAUACAGGGCAGUGAAGAGUUAUUCUCCAUUGAAACGCAGCCAAUCAGGCCGACGGUGGAUGGUCAGAUGCCCAUGUCGUCUGCCGAUGCAACUGAAACUCGUUCUGCCAAUCGUUUGUCAUCAAGUGAGAGGGUGGCACAGGAGAGGGAUCACGCCGAGGAGGAAAUGGCGGAUGGCGGUCCCGAGAUGGAGGUGUUGGAAGGUGACGAUAACAUCGAUGACCAUGAUGACCACCAUUCGGAGCAUUCGGAGCACGACGUCAACCACGGUGACCAGGAAGAUGGUUAUGACAUGGAGUUGGAUAUGAUGAAUGCUUCGGACAGUGACAGUGAAGAAAGUACGAGAUCACAUGCCGAUAACGCCAGUGUCCAGAGGAGUGCCAUUACAGCUGCCACUGCUGGCUCUGAUGCGGGAGUUGGUAGCCUGCCAUAUUUUUCUGACGACGAUGAAGAUUCUGGUGACUCCUCCUCGCAAGAUGAUGACAGCAAGGCUGGCGACAGUGCCGACAACGACGCCGAUGUUGCCGGCUUGCUGGAUGAACAAAUCGACAGAAGAAAUAACAAUCAAGGCUCUCACAUACUUCAGCCACCACAGACCAUGCAGUGGGCUCUUCGACCACGUGAUGUCCCUCCAUCCACCACCAGAGCAUCCCUUUCCACAGCUGUUGCUACAACAACUUCCGGAACUAGUGGAAUUGUGUACAUUGACCCAUCAGUUCUUCGAAGAACUUCGGUGAACCCAGCUAUCACGAUGACCGUUGCAACCAAUCAAGACAGCACUCUAAGCAUGUCAACAACUGCAAGUCAACUGGCUAGAUCUUUUUCCAUAGUCAUCAGACAGGUAUCUGAUCUGUUGAUGACGUUGCACGACAACCAAAACGUCACUCCAAGUCUUCCUCUCAACCUCAACAUCACUCACCAGGAUGUUGUCGAUUUACACGUGUAUCUUGAGUGCAGAUUAAAAUCAACAUGGGAUUGGUUGGUUGGUAUAAUGGACGCAACGGAGGCGCAGUUGAGAUUCGGAUCCGUACUUACAGGAUCCUCUUCCUUUAUGCACCCCUACAAAUCAGCCUACUCCCAAAGGGGAGGGCUAGCAGCAUCAUCUCUCAAUCAUCCGUCACAGGCAAGCAUCUCCAUGAACAGAACAGCCAUGCCCACCAAGCCGCCUACCACAUCUGCCACAAAUUCUUUCGUUGAUGGUAACAGUGCUCGCCGCGACUACCUGACAUAUGCACUGUCACUUAUGAGGGCACAUAGUAGGGAACAUUACAACACCUUACCGUCUACAGACAUCACGUCGUUGAAACAUGUUGCUUAUGUACUGGAUGCUCUGAUUUAUUACAUGAGAAGUGGCAAUGAUAUGGACAAUAGUAUCAAAGAUUCCAUGUCAGUGCAAUCCUGGUUAGAAACUGAUGACAAUCCUGAUGAGACAGCAUUCGAUGAUUACAACACUCGCAGUUUCCUACUUGAAUCGGAAAGCAUGGAUAAUGUGUCUGACGUGGAUGAUAAUAAGACUGGUAGGAAACAUCCGUUUUUCCAGAGAUCGGAUUCAACAAUUUUUUUGGGCUGUACACCUCCUGACUCUUUCAACUCGCCUCUAAGCGAAUCUCUCCCUCUUGCUGAACAACCUCAUCUGCUUCAUCCAUAUGCCCGCAAAGAGGAUUUGUUUGGAAUGCCGCGACAAAUGGUUAACAUGAGCACGUUUGCAUCAGAUGCGUCCAAUUGUUGCCAUCAUAAUCAUCAAUGGUCUUUUUUUAAUCAAAUGCCAACACACUUGGCUCUGUCCUGCAGAUGCUUCAAUUCACAUUCUCAUUCAUCAUCCAAUGUUUCAUCCUUCAAUCACAGUUCAGCAAAUGCAACCAGCUCGUCUUCUAACAUCCUGAAGAACAGCAGUGCGUCAAACGCUAGCGGCCAAUCAUUGAAAUCUCACACAGUCACAUCUGCCAAUCUUACUGACGCCAGACACCUGAGGAAUUAUUGUACUUUCGACAGAUCUGCAAAUUUGAUGGGCUGUGUAGUGUCGGCAGAAACUUUGCUGGGUAGGUGGCGACUGUGUCUGGACCUCUUCGGCCGAGUGUUUUGCGAAGAUGUCGGCUCAGAACCUGGUUCUAUUAUCAGCGAAUUUGGAGGUUUCACCGUGAAAGAAGUACGAUUCAAAAGGGAUAUGGAGAGAUUCAGGAAUUCGCAACAAAGAGAUCUGUCAAUUGAAGUUGAAAGAGAUCGUAAUAAUUUGCUAGUACAGACGUUCAAGCAGUUGAACACGCACUUCAACAGACGCCAUCAAAAUGCAGGACCCCCGUUGGCUGUCCAUAGGGUGAAGGUCACAUUUAGGGACGAACCGGGCGAGGGCAGCGGCGUGGCUCGCAGUUUUUACACCGCCUUCUGCCAUGCUGUGCUAUCUUCAGAUGAUCUUCCAUGUUUGGAUACCAUAUUUCAACUUUGUUGUGUAGAUCUUCUGCAAAGACUGAAAUCUCGAGAGAAAGAACGUAGGCGACUACAACAGCAUCAGCAGAACAAUCAACUCAACAUUGGUAGCCAACUCAACAACAGCAACGAUAUUUCACAGUCUACCAGUGACAAUAGCGAUCAAGCUGGAGGAAAUGAUAGUUUAUCAUCACAGAAGAAACAACUUGGUGAAAAACUCUACCCAAGGAUCUAUGCUCUUCAACCAAAUCUGGCGUCGAAGAUUACAGGCAUGCUGAUGGACAUGGGGUCUUCGUACCUUCUCAAUCUUUUGGCUUCAGACGAACAACUGAAGCAAAGAGUCAGUGAAAUCAUGGAAGUCAUCGCUAAUCAGUCCAGGGAAAGUGCUGCAAAUGACAGUCUGGAUGGGGACAUUUUCAACUUGACCAACAGUUAUAAAUUCUGCAAUAAAAAGAACGCUGCUUCACAGAUUAAAAAAAUAAGCGUUGGAGAUGAAGAGUCCGAAGUGGAAGACAACAGGCCUCUGUUCUGGCAGCCAGGCAAGAAAGGCUACUAUUCGCCUCGUCCAGGUAGAAACACAGCUGAAAGGCUUAAUGCAUAUCGUAACGUUGGCAGGAUUAUAGGCUUGUGUAUGCUCCAGAAUGAAAUAUGCCCGCUAUAUCUGAAUCGUCACGUGCUCAAGUUUUUGCUGGGUAGGAAAAUAUCGUGGCAUGACCUUGCCUUUUUUGAUCCUAUCAUGUACGAAAGUCUCAGGCAGUUAAUUCUGGAUUCCGAAUCAAAGGAUGGAUCCAACAUGCUCAUCAACAUGGAUCUAACGUUUUCAGUCGAGUGCUCUGCCGAUGAUGGAGGAGAUUCUUAUAACUUGGUGCCAAAUGGAAAUGAUAUUGAGGUGAAUGCCUCAAAUAUUCAUGAUUAUGUACGUAAAUACGCCCACUUUAGAAUGGUGAAAAUGGUCUCGAGGGCACUGGAGAACAUGAAACGUGGAGUGUUUGAUGUGAUUCCAAGAGGAUCGUUCGACGGACUGACUAGCGAGGAUUUGCGACUGCUGUUGAACGGAAUCGGAGAUAUAAACACUCAGUCACUUAUUAAUUACACUUCCUUUAAUGAUGAAACGGGCGAUCGAAGCGAAAAGGUUCAGAGGUUUAAAAAGUGGUUCUGGUCCACGGUUGAGAAGAUGAAUCCAGUGGAGAGGCAGGACCUGGUAUACUUUUGGAUGUCAAGUCCAGCAUUGCCAGCCAGUGAGGAAGGUUUCCAGCCGAUGCCAAGUGUAACAGUUAGGCCAGCAGAUGACAACCAUCUUCCGACUGCAAAUACGUGCAUCUCACGACUUUAUAUACCAUUGUAUUCCUCCAAAGUCAUCUUAAAGACAAAGCUUCUCCUUGCUAUAAAAACGAAAAGCUUUGGAUUUGUGUGA